AUGUCCUACUUGGAGCUAGCUAGAUUAAGGUCAGCAGCAUUGACCCGGACGUUCGAUUUGCGGUACAAUUUAAUAUCUGCAUUGGUCGAGCGUUGGCGUCCGGAGACCCACACUUUUCAUUUGCCGUGUAGGGAGUGCACUGUCACUCUGGAGGAUGUUGCAUUGCACUUUGGGCUCCCAAUCGACGGGAAUGUCGUAACGGGUGUAAGUACGAUAGCUGAGCCGGCUGCACUUUGUUAUAGCCUACUAGGAGCCUCGCCCGGCGAUGAUGAGUCCAAUUUUUUGGAGUUAAAAUUUACAUGGCUAAAAGCUAGUUUUGAGCAUUUAUCAGUUAAUGUCACUGAAGAAGAGUUGAUGUGCGCAGCUCGAGCGUACAUUAUGCAUAUUAUAGGGGGUGUACUGAUGCCCAAUGCGAAUUACAACAAGGUUCAUCUCCAGUAUUUACCUCUAUUAGCUGAUUUGCAUAAUGUUCGCACGUAUAGUUGGGGUUCUGCAGUUCUGGCUAUGUUGUAUCGUGAGCUUUGUCGGACGACAAAGCCUGAUACCUUUAUAUGGAUUUCAUAUCGUAAACCAGAAAUUGCGACUGUUAUACCCUCGUCUGCCUACGUUCAUUCUCAAUUGUGGUGCACUAAUGCACCAAUUAUCAGUUUCAAUGUUGUCGAGUGGUACCACGGGGAUCGAGUACUACGACAGUUUGGUUGUAUCCAGCAUAUCCCGGAUCCGCCAAUGCAGGUGGGUAAGGUUCAUGGCAUCAACAAGAGAGGGAAACAUGGAAUGCAUUGGGAGGUUGUGUACUAG